CGAGCCGCGACGAUCCACCGUCCGUUUAGUCUACUCGCGAAAGCUAUCGAAGGCGCACACAGCACCAAUUGGUCUGCGGUCAGGCGGUUCUCUCUGUCUCAGCAUUUUGGCACCCAUAGUCAAUCGGCAGCUUGAUAUUCGAAUUUUUCCUUUACUUUUCGAUUUCGGGGUCUUGAAGUUGUGCGGCGGCUUGCGAGAUCAGGCCCAGAUAGUUUCACCAUCAUCGUUUGGGCGGUAGCAGGCGGCUCGGAGUGGCAAGAGAGUGAAAACACGCGCGCGUCGACGACGAGUUGUGUAACACCCCGACCAGACUGAAAGCUGAACCGCGGAUCGCGACUUGUUAGUCUCGGACCAAAAAUAGAAUUCGAGUGUAUCCCGGCUCAAGGGGGAAAAUUGUCAUCUGGAACCAAAGCCAAAAAACGGUGCUGUUGUGGAAGAUAGAGAAUUGCAGCAAAAGUGCGAAAAACGGAAAGUGACGAAACGGAAAGUGAAGCAGAGCGAUACGCGAUUAGACGGUGAAAGAAAGCAGAAAAAAUUGAUUGAAUCUACGAAGUGCGCCGCCAAGCCCCUACCGCACAUAGAGCCAGGCUUACGAAAAGGGAAAAGUUGCACCCAGCCAAUCAAACCACGUGCGCGAGUGAGGAAAAUAUAUAGCGAGCGAGUGAAGUGUGUUUUCCAGUUUGAUGAGGAAAAAAUACUGAAACAAAACAGAGCGACGGAUCACAAGAGCGUGACCAAGGGGAAAUCCUGUGCAGAAGCUGUUUGCAGAAGCCGCAGUGUGUGUGUUUUCAAGUGCACAAUCGCGUCGCAGCUGAACUGAAAAAAAAAAUCGACAAACAACUACGUGCGGCCAGGCGUGCGUAAUUUCCGCACGCAUAUGUUUGGUAAAUAAACACCUGAAACGGUCCUGACUUAAUUAACAGAAACAGAAACCAGUGCAAUCGUGCUGAUACGAAAGAAGAAGAAAAACAACAAACCGGUGAGGAAAUCCCAGCGAAACCUAAAAGGCUGAAGUGUGUUGAGAAACGUGAAACCGAGAAGCCAAAACGAGCGACGAGAAGUGAUAACGCAGAAAUAGCCGCAACACAGUUCAAGUGAAUGAUUUCGUGAGUGAGUGAGUGAUUUUUGUUUUUCAACGUUCGAUUCCAUCUCGAAGCGGAGCGGAUCAAAACUUUUACGCCAAGCGCCUCCCCACCUCGGCACAAUUGAUUGAGCGGAUCCGGUGGAUUACCCGCUCGACGUCGUCCUCUUCGUGAGUGCAUUUAAAACGCUUGGGCUCCCUCGAGGCCACCCUACCGCGUGAGAUGGUGUCACGGCGAAAAAUUUUGUCCCGUUCGCGGGACGACCUAAACUUAGACUCUACAUUCAUCGCCCAGGAGGAAGAGGAAGACGUUUGGUACCAGAAGGAGAAACUCUAUAAGGAACACAUCCAGGAAGUGCUGGACAAAUGGACACAGAUCGACGACGAGAUCUGGGCGAAGGUGAUCGUCUUCGAGCGGAACCGCCGCGUGGCCAAGGCCUACGCCCGGGCACCGGUCCUCACAAUCAACGGCUCAGACGACGGCUUCGAUGGCAUGCGGAUCGGAUUGUGCGGCUUUGAUAACCCAAUGAGAGAUCACAAGACGGACGAAGUUAAACGACACGUUGGACAGGGAGUCAAAAUCAAAAUGGACGACGCCGGUAACAUACUCAUCCGUCGCUACUCGAAAAGCAAUGUCUACGUCAAAAGCACAGCCAGUCAACCAAACGAGGAAACAGCCAUCGGAGCGGACAUUCUAAAACUUCCCGGACAGGCCAUCGAAAGUGAAAAAAUAGUUAAGUUAUUCGACAUGAAAAAGUUCCAGUCAAACGUCAACCGAGAACUGCGCCGUGCCUAUCCGGAUCGCCGCCGGCUCGAGACCCAGUGUCUGUCGGCGAUCGCGUUUGUCAAAUCCGAAAACGACAUCCUGGACUGCCCGAUGUGGGUGCUGAUCAUCAAUGUGGUGGCAAUGGAUAUGCUCAAGAGCAAACUACCUCCAGUUCACCGCCCGGUGGACAUCAAGAACCGUCCACGCAUCCCCAUCCCGGACGAGGACCCGUACAGCGUGGCCGGCAAUGGCGGCGGCAGCUCGGGCAGCUCCGGCUUCGGGGCCAGCGGCAGCGGAAUGGUAGGCGGUUCGCGGGAUCACAUGAUGGGCCAGGGACAACCGAUAGGACAGCGCCGCAGCGAGAAACCACCGAAGUUACCUCCGCGGGACAAUCUGUACGCGUCGCACGAGAUGGUUAAGCCCGACUACGAUGACAUUGAGGACGAGAACCGCGUCAAAUUGCAAAGAGGAAAAUCAGACAAAGGCAAAGACAACAAGAAAUAUGACGAUCCCUACUACUGCGGUCUGCGCGCCCGAGUGCCAAACUUUGUCAAAUCGUCCAAGUCCAAGGAGAACAACAACAACAGCAAUGUAGCCAACAACAAUAGCAGCAGCAAUGGCAAAGACAACAGCGCCGUCGCCAUUUCAAAACGUCUCUCGGUUGCCCAUCUACAGCAUCCGUCAUCGCUACAGUCGCUGCACCAGUUGCACCAGAUGCAUCCCCAUCACAAUCUGAUGGCCGCCCACCAGCACCACCAGCAACUGAUGUGGCACGCCAGAAGCUACGAAAGCGGAAUCGAUACCGAUGUGGUCGAGUCACCCUAUAGUCACAUGUACGGGCGUGUCCCGUUGCCGACGAGGGGCUACAUUCCGGCACCGCGUGCCAUGUACAUCGGCGAAUGGGAUUAGGUCACGUCGUCGCCGUGUCGGGCCGAACGCUGUUCCCCAAAUAUAAAAACAAAACCAUCAACUAACCGCGCUCGAGACUAAGCGUAAUGAAAACACAUACACACGUAGAAUAUUGCACACUUCUGAUGGAUCUUCCGGUUUCGUCGGUUUGCGCGCUCCCAUCCGGAACUUACAGACAUCUACGGCGCUGUGAUCGCCUAAUAUGGCAACACUUCUGUUUGUUUUCUCUUUUCGAAUGGAAUUGGAAAUGGUAGCGUGCGUCCGGCUUUUCCUCUUCAAUUUCUUAACCUUCAUCUCCUUUGGCGUAUACUUCUUUACUUCUGUUUAGUUUGUAAUUGAGAACCUAGUUUGUUUUUAGUGUAAAUAGUAAUGAAUGAGAAUUAAAAGAAGAAAGGACAAACUUUUGCUCGCGGUGGGUUCCAAAGGUGAUUUAUAAUUUAAAGAAAAUAAAUCCAUUGAACCCACCGGUUCAGCUCUAAGUCGAGCAAUAUAGACUUGUACGCGACUCAACGCAAGAAAACUUUUACCUACAAGAGAAUCAAUAACACGUUGACACGAUACUGCCAUUCAUUAAUUUUUAUUUCCAUAUCGUUUAUUGUUUAUUGAGAGAAAAAAAAAUGAGUUAGAAGACUUUAUUCGGCAAGCAUUCUGGACAAAACGAAUAUUUGGAACGCUAAAUGACCAUAUGUGUGAGUGUAAAUACUAUUAUUUGAAAAUGAGAGACUAUUUACAAGUUGAGAAAUUGAGAAAAUUUUGUUUAAAUACGAGAGUUGUACGUUUCGGUGUAAAUAUUCUAACUGUCAACUGUUAUUUGUAUAAGUUAAGCGAAUGGAAAACCUGUCAUGUUUAACCGUAUUUUUAGACACGAAAUAUUUUAGCUGUCAUAUAUCUUAUACUUUUUGAAACAGCCGUAACCCCUGUACACUCCUUGUUGUACUUUUAAGUUUUAAGUUUUAACUAUCGCCUGCCACUGUUUACUCUUCUAGCGUUAGAUAGAAAGUAGAAGGAAGUAAAUAUUCACAAUGGAGUCGAGGGCAGUGAAAGUCAUAAUCGUUGUCCCCGCCGUUGAACAGGAACAGUGCUUUCAACAGCUAAAAUAUUGUAUAGAAAAAUUGUAGAGUUGGAAGCGAAAACAACCAAUUACGAUGACAUAAUACUCAACAAGCCGAAAUCCAUGUACACGUCUGUUUUUAACCAGCUUUAUUCAAACGAAGGUCACACUUUUUGACAAUUGUUGCACAGUUCAGUAUAGGACCAGGAGUGACUUUUACUCUAUCUUUUUCGUGAAGUAUUCUUUCUAUUAUUAACCUAUUGUCCAAAAUUUCUCACAUUUUACUACUGUGGUUGUUUUGAGACUUUCCACAUUUUUCUCGCAAAAACGUAGAUUUGGUUAAGACACACAUACACACACGCACGACCUCUACCAACAGCCCAAUCAAUCUGAGUGUAAUCUCUAAUUAUGCUUGCUAUUGUUCUUUUCAACGAAGAGGUUCUAGUUCGUAGUUUUCGCACCAUUCUAGGAAGAAACUCCGGAAGAUCCGUUCUGGGUCGCAGCAGCAAUUGUCAAAAUUAGUUUCAUGUGACAUAGUUUACCAUUUUAAAACGUGUAAUAUUUAGUUUAUGUACUAAUUAAAUCUGCCAGGCAUGAGAUUGCAAUACCUAAUAUACAUGCGUUGUAUUUUGUUACGACACAAACAAUCUUUUCAUUUCCAACAUAACCAAUAAGCAUCCUAGCAACCGUUUGUUGGUGUUUGUAUCUUUUGUAAAUUAAACCUUAGACACAGACGUACAUGCGUUUUCCUCCCUUCGUCCUGCUCCUCCUAAUAUGCGGUAGAUUCGUAUAAGAAGUAACACUAAGUCGUAUUAUACUAUCAAAGCAAGCCGCUAAACCGGUUGCUUGUAGAGGAUAAACAAAAGUCUUCUGUAAAAGGACUUUCAAAUGAAUUCAUUCCAACAAGCAAGAGGAAUAAUAUUUAUACUAAGAAAUGGCGUUCUUUCGGACUAUGGUGAAUGGGUCGAAAUUGGUUUUGAUAUAGAAAAUGGAGCCACACACAAACACUCAUUUAAACAGAACAUGAUAACUGCCGUAUCAGACUGCCUCAAGAGGGUAUGAAAAGAAAUAAUGAACUUAUUUAAACUAUGAACAAUGCUCAGAUAAGAACACUGUAAGCUGGAUUAUGUCGUUUAGAAACCCAAAACACUGUAUCUAACCUCUUCAACACCUUCUGUUUGUAUUUCAGAAUAAAAGUAAUAAAACAGAUAAAUGUAACCCCAAACCAGUAAUUCUUAUUGUAAACAAAGACAUUACUUAAAAAUAAUCACAGUAGGCAACGGAAAUUGAAUAAGUAAACAGAAUGCUUUGUUCGUUGCAAGUGUGAUACCGAAUGCUGAGCAAUCCCAAUUGAAGCAAUGUAACGAAUCACCUAUGCAAUAAAUACUACGGAAGCAUACACAGACACCCAAACAUAUGAAUGAUUAUACAUUAACUACUAUAGCGAUUGAUAAUGAAUGUUUAUAACUCUUAGUGAAUCGAAGGCAUAUGAUGAUGAAGAAACACGGAACUACUUAUCAAAAUUAAUUGAAUAUGAAAAAGUAUUUUAAAAAUAAAGUUUAAAACAUCCA